GUUAUAUAACUCUCACGCUGACAAUGAGAACACAGAUGAUAUUGUAGCCGUUAAUACGAUUCACCCGUUCGUCACCGUCACGAAUAUAACAGACAAACCAAGCGCAGAGAGAGAGAGAGAGAGAGAGAGAGAGAGAGAGAGAGUGAUCACGUUAGGUGAUGGAUAUGGCGGCACCGGAGAUGGAUGUGAGAGGUAGGACGAGGGAGCGGGAUGCGUCGGGAGAUGAAGCGACGACGGAGACGCCGGCCGUGAAGCGGAGGAAGGUAGAAAAGGCGGCUGGUGGAGAAUCGAGGAUAACUUCUUCACCGUGUGUACAGCUCGCGAACAGUGGUGGAUUUGUGCCGAACGAUUUGGCGGAGCAACAGGAUACCAGCGUCGUCGGACGUAAUUCGUCGGCUAGCGAUCGGUGUCAAAGCCCUAGCACGGAGGAUAACCUAGGCGGCGCCUCGAUCUCUUGCUGCUCCAGUAAUGGAUUCAGCGAGAAACGGAACGGGAGUAUCGAAUUCGUAGAUCUGGAGGAAGAUAACGUAGCUGAAACCGGGAUGUCGAGGCAUUAUAGCUGCAGCACUAGGAACCGAACGUCGUUCUUCUGUGAGCACCGGGAGGAAUUGAACAGCAUGGAUUCCGACGCCGACGGGGAGAUCCAAGCGGCGGAGGCAGCCGAGUCGUGUCGGAGGUCGACGGGGACGGAAACUGAACUGGAAGACUUCUUCAUGACGGCGGAGAAGGAUAUCCGUAAAAAGAUAUUCGAAUGUUCUAGGAAGUAUAACUUCGACUUUGUGAAAGAGGAGGCGAUGGAUGGGCGUUACGAGUGGGUUAAAUUGAAGCCCUGAAGCAUCCUUGCCACAUCUACCUACAUUUCCACAACUCUCCCAAAUUGUGGCAAAUCUCUCUCACCCUUUGAUUCCAUUUUCCGUUUUUUAGUUUAUUUUAACCACUUUCGUCUUGCUUUGCAAAAAAAAGAAAAAAAAAAAAUUGUAGAUAGCUCUGAUAACUAAUAACCGCUGCCUGACCGAGGAAACAAAAAUUCUGUACCCAGAAAUUGCAUCUCUUCUGGUGAAAUGGUGGUACCAUGUCUGAAAGGGUUCAAAUUCUUUGGUUCUUGUAAGUGCAUAAACAGAAUUUUUUAGCAUGUCACUGAUUAUUACAUGUAAAAUUUGGAUUAGUAAAAAAUUUAAAUGUCACACAGUUGCUGUGUGUUUUUA